CCCGCAAUCCCAUCCUGCCACGAUUGACUUGCUCUGCAACGGUUUCAUGAGCAUCCGCUGAGGGGGCUAUUUGGCACAUCAUGGCCGACUCAGAGCUACGGCAACGGAAGCCGCAAGGCGAUGACGACAAACCCAAGAAGAAGAAAUCCAGCAAGUCGAAGCGAAAGACCGACGAUGGCGACGACUACACCCCUUGGCUCGACAUCCUCCGCGUCCUGAGCUUCCUCUUUGUGGCCUCGUGCGGUCUCAGCUAUGCCAUCAGCGGCGGGGAGAGCUGGUUUUGGGGCAUGCAGAACAAGCCUAGCUACCUCAGCGCGAGGUGGUGGAAGGCCCAAUUGAGCGGCCCCGUCCACCUGACGCCCGAGCAGCUGGCCCAGUACGACGGCAGCGACUCCGAGAAGCCGCUGUACCUGGCCAUCAACGGCACCAUCUACGACGUGUCCAACGGGUGGCGCAUGUACGGGCCCGGCGGCUCCUACAGCGUCUUCGCGGGCUGCGACGCGGCGCGCGCGUACGUGACGGGCUGCUUCGCCGAGGACCGCACGCCCGACCUGCGCGGCGUUGAGGACAUGUUCCUGCCGCUCGACGACGCGGAGACGGACGCGCACUGGACGGCGGCCGAGCUCGAGGAGCUGCGGGCGCGGGAGCUCGAGGCGGCGCGGGAGAGGGUGCAGAGCGCGCUCAAGCACUGGGUCGACUUCUUCGCCAACAGCAAGAAGUACCACAGGGUCGGGUACGUCAAGAGGGACAAGGACUGGCUGGACAAGACGCCCAAGAGGGAGCUCUGCGCGGGGGCCCAGCGCGGGAGGAGGAAGAGAAUCAUCACCACCUAGGCCGGCCGGCGAGGGGGGGUGGUUCUCUUGCGUGUACAAGUAGCAGAUGGGAGACUUGUUGGUCUAGAGGCAUAGAUGGUCCAUUCUUAAUUGUAAAUUGACAAGGCCAUUGCUGACUUGAUUUUCUUAGUCGCAGAUGUGGCUAGGUGAAAGCAAGAGGGUUACCCAGGUUGACUGAAGGUAUCCCAUUCGCAACUGGACGUGGACUAGGC